AUGAGUGAUAAGCACUAUAAAAUGGUUGAAGCUAUUUUUGACCCGACAACGGGUAAAAUGCUUCAUCAUCCCGACAACAGCAAUUUGAUUAUGUGUUUUGCCCUGGACUCAAACGGACGAGAAACCGUUAUAUAUUUGCCACCUGAAAAGGUGCCAAAUAUGGACAUAUCGCCACCGCCAUAUCUUGUCGCAAUUACGUCAAAUGCUGAUCAAGAUCAACUUGAUUACGGACAGGAUGAGGACGACCUCGAAGAAGCAGAACAGGAGCAAGAGCUGGAUCAAUAUCAGUAUCAAGAUCAAUAUCAGGAUCAGUAUCAGCAUGAAGAUCAGGAUCAUGAUCAGGUUCAGGAUCAGGAGCAGAGUCAGGAGAAUGAUGAGAAAAUGGAUUUAGAUGGACUCGUGUAA